AUGCUGAAUGUUGGCGUCAUCAAGUCGUCUGGCAUCCUGUUCGUUGCCUUCCAAGAACGCUUCCAGUCUACGUCAGCGACGACGUCACUCUUGUCCACCGUUCAAAACUUCACAUACAGCAUAUUUGCCACGCUUGUGAUGUUGCUGGGUGUCAAAUUGGCCAGCUGCCGGACCCUGGUGGCGAUUGGGGCGCUGGUGAAUUCUGCAGCCUUCGUCAUGUCCUCGCUGGUCGGCAAUAUUUCCCUGCUCAUGUUCUCCUACGGUAUCCUUAAUGGAGUCGGCAAUUCAUUCUCCAUCGCCACAUCGCUGACGAUGGUCAGCCUGUAUUUCAAUAAACGUCGUGGGCUGGCCAACAGCCUGGCAAUCUGCGGGGGUUCCGUCGGCGGUCUGGUGUUUGCGCCUCUCCAGACCGCCAUGUUAGAACACCUCGGCUACAACGGUUGUCUACUAAUCAUGGCGGCGCUCCUUUUGAAUGGAUGCGUGAGCGCCGCGCUCUUCCGGCCAACGACGUUCUAUACGAGUCGAUCUCGCCGCUGCGGCAUCAGCGGUGGUGACAGUAAAGAGACGCGAGUGUUGAUAGCGUCCGAUGAGCGCCAGACUGGGGAUAAUGCAAUGGCAACGUUAAAAAAUGUAAAGAAUGAGACGAGGGGAGAUCGGAUCGAGCAUGAAGGCCUACAGCCAAAAACAACGGGGCCGAGCAUAUGCAGGACUGCGGAUCAACAGUUGGAAAUCCAUCCCAAAUUUGGUGAGAACACGGCAUUAGGGAUGAAUGGCGAUUCUCCACUGAUUCAAGAGUACUUCUAUCGAGAAAGAAGCUAUAGCGAUUCUGGAAAGGAGAACUUCCGCAAACAAAACGAUGACAUAGGUUCAAGAAAUAUUGACGUGGUUUCGUCAAAUGACACUCAAACUGAUAAGAGCAGCUCUCGUAGCUUUGAACUAGAUGCAAGCAACAAUAUGAUACAUAGUUUAAAAGAUCUCGUCACUAGUGUUAAUUCAUCGUCGGCGUCCAUUUUUGCAAACGCAGACCAUAUAUCCGGUUCAGCACUAAAUCUUUCCUACGGCCCGUUACGUAUACAGUCGAUUCAGGAGCUGAACGUUUCCCCUGAAAAUGAGUCUCCUAAAGCAUCUCGUUGCUUAGCCUUUAUAAAGACAUUAACAAUAAUGUUCGACGUAAAAACCAUAAAAAUGCCGAUAUGCAUCGCUUUUCAACUAUCUGCAAUGCUGCAAUGCCCGUCUUCAAUGCUCAGUACUAUCUACAUAGCGCCGUACGCUAAAGAAAACGGACUGGACACGAGCGACUUGGCUCUGUUGGUUACUGUCUUCAAUUCAGUGGAUCUCGUAGCGCGAAUAGCCACCGCGUUCAUCUCUGACAGCAAGUUCGCGCGGCGGUCUACCAUGGUUGCGGCGUCAGCUAUGGUUAUUGCCCUGGCGUCUCAUAUGUUGCGUUGGUUUCGCUCGUUCAGCGCUUUGAUGGCGUUUGCGGUGUUACUGGGACUAGUUAAUGGCGUGUACUUCUCGCUCUACGCUGUGAUCAUCGUGGACUACAUGUCAGUAGAGCGACUCAAGAGUGUCCUCGGCAUUAAUGCGCUCGUACAUGGAUCAUCCGUAGCACUCACGUUUUAUUUAGUAGGUCUGCUGCGUGACUUCACCGGUUCCUACGUGUAUUCCUAUCACUUGCUGGGAACCAUGUCGCUGCUAGGUGGUGUUAUCAUGUUCUGUCUACAGUUCAUAGGUGAGAACCAGGGUGCCAUUGAUACGACCCCGAAGCGAAAAAGCCAUCUUGACAGCUAA